AUGAAGCCGCCGCCGCCGCCGCCGUCGACGCCGCCGCGGCAGAGCAGCCGGGGAUGGGGAGGCGCGCCGGGCCGCCGCCGGGCCUUCGCGUGCGCCCUCGCCGGGGCCGUCCUCGCGCUCGCGCUCCUCUGCCUCUUCUACGGCGCCGCCUUCGGCCCCACCCUCCGCCGCCGCCACACUGCCCCCCCGCUCCGAUCAGUUCCGCAGGCCCAGGCCCCAGUCCCCGCCGACCUCGCGCUCUCCUCCCUCCCGGUGUGCGACGCGGUGCACUCGGAGCUGAUCCCGUGCCUGGACCGGGGCCUCCACCGCCAGCUCCGCCUCAGGCUCAACCUCUCCCUCAUGGAGCACUACGAGCGCCACUGCCCGCCCGCGCCCCGCCGCCUCAACUGCCUCAUCCCCCCACCCGCCGGCUACCUGGUGCCAAUCAGGUGGCCCAGGAGCCGGGACGCGGUGUGGAAGGCCAACAUCCCCCACACGCACCUCGCCGCCGAGAAGUCGGACCAGAGGUGGAUGGUGGUGCACGGCGACAAGAUCAACUUCCCCGGCGGGGGCACCCACUUCCACGCCGGCGCCGACAAGUACAUCGUGCACCUCGCGCAGAUGCUGGAGUUCCCGAACGGUAAGCUCAACAACGGAGGCAGCAUCAGGACCGUGCUCGACGUCGGCUGCGGGGUGGCCAGCUUCGGGGCGUACCUCCUCCCGCUGGACGUAAUCGCGGUGUCGGUCGCGCCCAACGACGUGCACGAGAACCAGAUCCAGUUUGCGCUCGAGAGGGGGAUACCGUCCACCCUCGGCGUGCUGGGCACAAGGAGGCUGCCGUAUCCGAGCCGCGCGUUCGAGCUGGCGCAUUGCUCCCGCUGCCGGAUCGACUGGCUGCAGCGGGACGGGAUCUUGCUGCUGGAGGUGGACAGGGUGUUGAGGCCUGGAGGGUAUUUCGUGUACUCGUCGCCGGAGGCCUAUGCUUCUGAUCCAGCUAACAGGAAGAUAUGGAAGCAGAUGAGCAGUCUUGCUCGGGGGAUGUGUUGGAGGAUUGCUUCGAGGAAGGGCCAGACAGUGAUAUGGGUCAAACCAUUGACGAACUGGUGUUAUGUGAAGAGAGAGCCUGGAGCACUUCCUCCCAUGUGUGGCCAGGAUGAUGACCCAGAUGCUGCUUGGAAUGUCCUCAUGAAAGCAUGCAUAACUCCCUACUCCAACAGAGUACACAAGGUUAAAGGAAGUGAUCUGCUUCCCUGGCCACAAAGGCUCACAGCACCACCCCCUCGUCUGGAAGAGAUUGGAAUUAGUUCGAAGAAUUUUUCUGACGACAAUGAAAUUUGGCAUUCUAGAGUUGCUCAGUAUUGGAAACUUAUGAAAUCUGAGAUAAGGAAGGACUCCUUUCGAAAUGUUAUGGAUCUGAAUGCUAACCUUGGCGGAUUUGCAGCAUCACUGAGGAAAAAGGACGUCUGGGUAAUGAAUGUUGUCCCUUCCACGGAAUCUGGAAAACUGAAAAUCAUAUAUGAUCGUGGGUUAAUAGGCACAGUCCAUAAUUGGUGCGAAUCAUUCUCGACGUACCCUCGCACCUAUGACCUCCUUCACGCCUGGCUGCUGUUCUCUGAGAUGGAGAAUCAGGGCUGUAGCCUGGAGGAUCUGCUGAUCGAGAUGGACCGCGUCAUGAGGCCUCAUGGGUACGCCAUUAUCAGAGACAAUGCUGCUGUCAUUAACUACAUCAAGAAGCUUUUACCGGCGCUGAGAUGGGACGACUGGUCAUCUGAGGUGAAACCAAAGGAAGAUGCGCUUUCGUCAGGUGACAAUGAAAGAGUCCUGAUCGUGAGGAAAAAGCUAUGGGAUCAGGCAUUGCAGCCUUCGUAGCAAGCAAGCAAAACAUAGCUCUUGUUCUGAUCUUAGUUAGCCGCUGUUAACUGUGAUUCUCCAAAAUCCUCAGGUGUAUUAUAGUUGUCGACCUUUUUCUACUAGCACUUUCACUACCCUUUCUCCUUAUCUUUUUGGCUGUGAAGCUGUGAUGGAAUGUUCACAGAGGUGUUAGGAGUGCGGCAUGUAGACUUCAUGGUUCAGAGUACAUAUGAAAUGGCUGUCGAAAAUGCUGAUCUCCACUGCUGUUAUCGUCCAGAUAUUCUUCGCUGUGUGCU